AAAUAACAAAAGUAGUUGUUUCAAUCUAAGAAUUUUUUUCUACCUUCUUCAAUACGUACGUAAAAAUAAUUGUAAUAGUACAUUGAUAUAAGUGCGGUAAGUUGAAAAUUACAGCCGAGUCGAUAUUGCAGCUCGAGCCAAAGGCGAGAACUAUAGUAAGGAAGCAGAGGCUGUAACUAUCAAAGUACGUAUGUCAUACAACGUUUUAUAACACAUUUGCGAUGAAACACAUUUUGAACACACUUUCUGAAAAUGAAUUUGCACCUUUGCUUGUUUUCCAGGAUGACAUUUUGUUACGCUUGUCAUUUUUGCACCGAUAACGAAGUGCGCACUCCAGUGUUUGUGAUUUUUUUUGGACAAAUGCACAAAAACCAGCCAGUAUUACAAAUAAAGUAAAAUAAUAUUUUUGUGUUUCUGAUACAAAUACAGAGUUGACAUAUAUUGUCAAAAUUAUUACAAUUAAAGAAUUAAAUAUUUUUUAUUAUGUUUUAACUCACAAAGUCAAUUUUAUUCAUAAAAUGUUGAGCACUUUUCUGACAUAAAAACUCUUUGCCAAGAUUUAAAAUAGUACCGUUCGUUUUUAGACGGAUGAUAAAGGUUUUAUAUUACAUUACGGCACAUGUGCGUAAUGAGAUCGAUACUGAAAUUGGUGAAAUAAGCAAUACUUUACGAGUAAAUGUGUUAUAAAAUUAAAAACUUGGCAAUGUUGACAUGACAUACCUAUGUUUCAGUAGCUUUUAUAUCAAAUGAAAUUAUGUAGAUUACUAUAAUAUAUUAUUUCUAUAUAUAAUGUACUAGUAAUAAAUAUUACACAAAUAUAGUACUGGGUCAAAUUUGAUCCGAAGGUCGUCAAUGACACUAAACCCUAUGAGGAUAAAAGCACGUAUAAAUAUAUUUGAAAUCAUUGGGAAACACACUUUUGGCUUUCAAUUCCGCUGCAGCCGCUAUUUGUUUACAGUUUUCCUAUUGCCGACAGCGAUAACAUUGAAUAUAUAAGAACUCGCGUCCAUCUGCUCAUUUAUACCAAAGAGGACCGCGCACCAUCAUGUACUGGUACCAUCUUCUCGUGCUGUGCUGCGUGCUGGCUUUAGUGGAGUCUAGAAUUCGUUACCGACCACCUUACCGGUCACGAGGCCGCCGCCCUCCUCGCAUGUACCGCGAACGCGAGCUGAAUACCAUCGAAAACGUGUUCGUCGAACAAAGGGACAAAUUAGAAAAAUUCUGCGCCAAGGCAACGAAAGCCCCGACGGAGAUGUACGGAACCGAUUACUACUACCUCAGUUACUCAAUCCCAGAAAAAACGACUGCAACUGUAAAGAUAACAAAAAACUUCCUGCAUACUAUGGUGUUAAAGGACUUUAAGAAAAUAAUUGAGGAUGUGAAAAUUCUACCGGACAUUGUCAAAAUAGAAGACGCAGUGUAUACGAUAGAUAGCCAAAUGUUGAAAAUCACGAUCCCAUACAGAGUGCCCAUUGGAACAGCGUUCCAUAGUAAUUGUGGAGUGGUUAACAAGGACGUUAUAAAUGUACCACUAGUCAAGUAUCCCACAUUCACAUACAGAUUGCAGGAAGCAAUUGAAAAUUGAAUACUACGUCAAACACUCUGAUCAAAGAGUUUUUAUGU